AUGGUCUACGGGCGCCAUCUGGGUGGAGCGUGUGGUUCUCAUAACAUUCACUCCGACUUAUUUGAUGAGUACAUAAGAGGGGCUGCUCUCCACUGUGGUUUGAAUCCACGGGGUAUUGAUCACCCUGCCCGAGCCGAAGGUAUUAAACUACAAAUUGAAGGUGAAGGUGUGGAAUCUCCAUCCAAUAAAAACAAAAAUUUCCAGAAGGUGCCUGACCCUAAAGGAACCCCCAAGCGACUGCAGGCCGAAGCUGAGACGCCUAAGUCAGCUGUGGUGAAGCUGUCUAAACCAGUGGCUCUAUGGACCCAGCAGGAUGUCUGCAAGUGGUUGAAGAAGCAUUGUCCAAAUCAGUAUCAGAUCUACAGCGAGUCAUUCAAGCAGCAUGACAUAACUGGGCGAGCCCUACUGAGACUUACCGACAAAAAGCUUGAGCGAAUGGGGAUUGCCCAGGAGAACCUUCGGCAGCACAUCUUACAGCAGGUGCUCCAGCUGAAGGUGCGAGAAGAAGUCAGAAAUCUACAGUUGCUCACACAAGCCUCAGCCGAGGGUUCUCCAUAAACACGGUUAACCUUCCAAGCUGCUGUCCUGCCAGUUGAUACGAACAUGGCCCGUUCCUCACAGAAAGACUAACUCAUGGCACUGCCAGAAGAUAUCCUUGGAGCAUUGACAGAUUAACCGGAUUAACUGAAAAAACACCCAUUCAGUCAAGAUUAUGGGCUUUGGAAAAAUCUUAGUUUGCUGUGGAUUUUAAAAUGAGGUGCAUAAUAUACAGUGCCAACUUGUUCCAAGUGGUCAUUGGCAGACCAUUAGCUGGAAAAUUGCUUCCAGUUGUCAUCACUGUGCAUAACACAAGCUCCCUUUGGGGAGCUGUCUGUGCCCUUCACUAGAAGUCCUGUUCAGCAUGGCGACUACUGGAUUCUUUUAUUAUGUGUGCAGAUGGCAUGAUGUUUUAGAAAAAAAUUACAGCAGUUCUGCAGUCUCAGUGGAAGUGUUCACAAUAUUAUGCCCUGGUAGGAAUGUAAACUUGUCUCGAUUAUGUUAGUGAUGAUGUCGAAAGGUAUUCUGUCCAACUCUUAAGCACUUUACAUGAGAACACUAUGCCGAGAUGAAUUAGCACGUACAGCACAUGUGAGGAAACCAAGUAUUUUUUCCUU